GCAUCCAUCCAGACAACAUCCAUCCAGACAACAGGCGCUCGACAACGAGGGUGCGCGGAGGAAGGCGGGGAGGAGGAGGGGUGGGAAGAGCGCCGCGCGCAUCAGAGCAACGAGCACGCUAUUUGUCGGAGGUUAAUUGUCUUUAUAGCACGACUGAGAGGAGAACUGACAUUUAUGCCAUUCUUGGUGUGGGCUGAAAUAGAUCUGAAUAAUUCAAGGGUAACAGAGGAAAGAGAAGAUGUUCGGGUUCCACAAGCCGAAGAUGUACCGGAGCUUAGAGGGCUGCUGUAUUUGCAGAGCCAAGUCUUCCAGUUCUCGCUUCACUGACAGCAAGCGUUACGAGAAGGACUUCCAGAACUGUUUCGGUCUGCACGAAGCUCGCUCAGGAGAUAUAUGCAAUGCCUGUGUCCUGCUAGUGAAAAGGUGGAAGAAGUUGCCAGCUGGAUCGAAAAAGAACUGGAAUCAUGUGGUGGAUAUAAGAGCUGGACCAAGUCUUAAAACGACGCUGAAGCCAAAGAAGAUGAAAACACUUUCUGGGACCAGAAUAAAGAGCAAUCAAAUAAACAAACUGCCGAAAGAAUUGAAACGACACAACUCUGAUGCCCACAGCACCACCUCAAGUGCCUCUCCAGCCCAGUCGCCCUGCUACAGCAACCAGUCGGAUGACGGCUCAGAUGCUGAGAUGCCUCCGGGCUCCAGUCGCACACCUGUCUUCUCCUUCUUAGAUCUCACAUACUGGAAAAGGCAAAAAGUGUGCUGUGGAAUUAUUUACAAAGGUCGCUUUGGGGAAGUCCUUAUAGACACUCACCUCUUCAAACCCUGCUGCAGUAACAAAAAGGCCACCACGGAGAAGCCUGAAUCACAAGGCCCCCAGUCUCCACCCAUCCCCAGCCAGGAAGAGUGGUGACUUCCAUAGCUAAUUGCAGAUGUUAUAAACGGAACCUCUUUCUCUCUGGGAUGGCUUGGAUGUGAUCCUUGGCUCACUUUGGAGACCUGCUAUGCUGCCAAAAGACAUCUUUUUUUUUUCUCCUCUUGAACUGUUUGAGGGUUUUGUUGGGUCUCUCUUUUUUCCCCCACUUCCACUAAGUCAGAACCCUGUUCAUAUCGCUUCCAUAAAGACUGUAAAUAAUAUUUAAGAUGAUUUGAGACACGUAGUUAAGCUGCUGCUGCAAAGACCUCUCUGUUCAGCCGCGUACCUGUUCUGCGGCUAAUGGUCACCAGGCUCAGUUUUGUUGUACAAUUAAAAUAUGUAUGUAGUGUAUAUUUCUGUCCGAACAACAGAGUUUGCAUUGCGCAUGCUUAAAAUAGCCAGUAGCUGUUGCAACUUUUGAAACAAUGGACCUGGGUACAGAAGUCUGUCCACUGUAUGUAAGACUUUCCUACUAUGUAUAUGUUGUAAAGAUAGGGAUUCCUACAUUUUUAUUACUGUGGCUUCCACCAGGAUAAGGCAUUUCACAUUUUCUGGACCACAUGGCCAAUGGAGGAUAGAUCUGCCCUAGCAGAGUGGGUGUGUAUGAGAGCCAGGUCUGAGGUUGCAGUCAGUCUUGGGUUGAAUUGACAAGUUCAAAGACUGGUUGUAGCAAGGGGAAGUGAUGUGGCUCCAAAUCAAGUAAACUUUCUCCCUCCACCUGCAACAGGUGCACAGUUUGGAUGCAUUAAGAUGAGAGUGUAGAGUUGCAGGGAAAUGGGGAAGGGCUAAUUUAUGAGCUUUACGCUCUUUACAGACAUAACAUUGGACUCGUGUGGGAGAUGACAGUGAGAUCUGAUCAGCACCCAGCAUAUAAGUCCUUCCCCUUCUGAUUAAAUAGUUCUUUUUUGAAUGGAAAAAGUGCUUCGUUAGAGAUAAGUAUGCAAAAUGUGACAGUUUUGUAGUUUGACUAAUUGAUGAAUAACUACAUUCCCAGAGUGGGAAUAACAGUCUACAUUAUUGGCAAGACCAUUCCUGUAGGCCAUUGUUUUGACAUCCAGUUUCUAACCAUUGAAUGAUAGUAAAAUGGUAAUCUUAUCUCCAUUUUCACUAGGACCAUGAAGGUGAGCUGUAGAUACUCAUCCUAUAAAAACUCAUUUUCUCUUUCCACCUUGUGUGUUCACUUCUCCCAGAAAAGAACGUUGGGGUAAUGAUUGUCCCAACCCCUAUUAUAAAGCAUGAUUUAAGCAGAAUUAGACUUGGGGGUAGGCUGCGUAUAAGCAGUGCAAGAAAAGAUUUCUGAUUCUCGUACAUAUUCCCUCUAUGAAUGUGUGCCUAAGUGUCUGGGGCAUUCCCUUUCCUUAUCACUACAGUGCUGCCUUUGAGGGCUGCCGUUUAAAACCAGACGGCAUUUCCUUCAGAUUUACAAAAUGCAUCAGAUGGUUUACAUGUUUCAGGAGUCAUCACAGGCUGUAGGAAACUCCUAUCUUUUUUUGAAUCACUAGCCCUUUGUCUUACCUGCUGCACCACCCUUUGCCCAAAUGCCCCACGCACCCAUUUCUCCCCACAUCUCCCAGAAGUGCCUUCAGUCCAUUUCUUAAUCAUCUGCUCAGUCUCCAACUCAGAGCUGCUGAUGUAACUUCAUUCUUUCUCUAUUAGGCCCUGCUUCAGUCUGGUUAAAUUUCAAAUCCCUGCCCCAUAAGCCACCGAUUUCUCUAAAGACAGAUCUUUGAUCAGUCGGCUAGCCCCUGAGUUAUAGAACUCUCCUAUAUUCCCUAGUUUAGUCCAGGACAAACGAAGAGGGGAAAGUGGAUUUUGAAGCACUGUCAUUGUAGUAUAUGGCAGUCCUGUGUGCUACCUGGCAAACCGAAGAGAAUCUUUUUUUAAUUGAGAUUUCCAAAAUUUGAAAAAAAAAAAUACCCUUCACAUGGAUGGCAAAAAUGGGUUCUGCCUGCUUUAUCUUUUUUGGGGGAGGGGGAGGGAUAUGCUGCUGCUUUCACUCAGAGACUUCCUAAUUUUGUUUUGAUGAGUAUGGGAAUUUAGAUUAUGUUUUGUGGGCGGUAUGAUCUGCAGUACAUGUAAACCUUGUUUUACUUUUGUUGAACAAUGAAAUCUUAGCUGCUGUGUCAGGAGAAAGAUCUUAACUUGCUAUCUUGUGUUCUACUAAAGAGUCCUCACUAAUCCCCCCCUCUCCUUUUGUAAAUAGGAGAAAUAUUCUAAAGCAUAGGUGUCAGACUCGCAGCAUGAUGCUGGCAGGGGAUGAUGGGAACUGUAGUCCAUAACAUCUGGAGGGCCGUGAGUUUGACACCUGUGUUCUAAAGGAACGACGAAAUAGACCUUUAACGUGCAACUAACUAGCUACAUAGCAGUCUUGCUUAGUUGUUAACCUCUUAAAGAUGCAGACAAAAAAAAUUGGUUGUCUUUGCUAACGGCUUAAUGUUUGUUUUAGAAUUCUAAGGGUCAUUGGCUCUCUUCCUUUUCAGCUUCAGGAUGAUACAGUGUAUGAUUCCUUCAUCUCUUUCACUUCUGUAUUUAUUUAUUUAUUACUAGACCCCAGCAGCAGACUGCUUCCCUCUCCCUCUUCUCCCAGCGUAGUAAUGCAAGAUGAAUUGUAUGUAGUUAUGCACUUUGUAUUAAUGUAGUAGAAAUCUAUGGAACCUGUUUUUAUACUUUUUUAUAUUGUUCAUACACUUGUAAUCCAGACUUUUUUAAAAGCUAGGGUAAUGAAUUAAACUUUAGACUUGUUUAGAAAAAUAAA